CUGCCGUCCCUGCUCCGCUACGUCGACCAUGACCUCAUCCGCGACACUUCUCUCCAUAACAAGCCACCUACGCCUGACGCCAUGUGCCGGAUCUGUGGCCACCAGCACAAUCUUGCUCCCAUUUCCACAACGUUCCUCCCUCUCACACCCUGCGGCUGCUGGAUCCACUACCGCUGCUUCAUAUGGUGGGUGACACGCGUCACGGAGACAAGGGCCAGCUGUCCCAUCUGUGGGAUUAAGCUUGCCGAGUGGGACGGCAUUGGGGCGCUCACGCUCGCCACGCGGACCGGCUUCGAUAUGCAGGACGUACAGUUCGCGCCUUACGCCUGCUACACGGAUGUCGACACUCAAUUCGUGGUGAACUCCGAUAGCACCGAAUACAUAUGCGAGUGCCAGCUUAUCGAACAGCUCAUCGGCAAGCACUUCUUCCAUCAGCUCCACCUCGCGCAGCAGUCGCAGCCGCCCAAGUACACCGACAGGUCGCCGGACCUCACGCAAUGCUACUACAAUGUGCUCGACGAACUGGACAAGAUGAGGCGGCCAAGGGCGAAGUGGCUGCGCUGGAACACGAGUUCGGGCUUCUUUCUCUUCGGAAUGCUGGUCGCGAUCAAGAUGAGGAGAUGGCUUGUGCAGGAACAUGGGCGCAUUGUGCAAACAGAUGGGUGGAAGUACUUUAUUGCUGGCUGGGAUGUGCUGCAGGAGAAGUUGUUGGAAGAGGUG